UAAUGGGAUUCUCGUGUUUUUUCAUCGCAGUACUGCCGGCUUUUGGAAUAUCAAUGAGACUGACUCCCAACAUUACGGAUCCAGGAAGACCAAUGGUUUUACAAACCCAUUAUAUUUAUGACGUAACAAAGAGCCCGCAAUACGAACUGACAUUUAUUAAUCAAGCUAUCUUUGUAACAAUUGCAAUGAUCGCUUACAGUGGAAUAGAUAAUUUUCUUAGUCUUUUAGUUUUUCAUAUAUGCGGCCAAUUAGACAUACUCGAAAAUCGUUUGAAUCAUUUGGAUAAAUAUAUAAAUUAUAACGAAGUGUUGAAAUGUUGCAUAGCAAAACAUAUACGUUUGCUCAGAGCUAUUGAUGUUAUUGAAGAUACAUAUAAUAUAAUACUUCUCUCCCUAUUUAUAUAUUUUGCACUCCUCUUCGCAUUUUAUGGAUUUCGAAUGAUCAGUCUGUUUGAUGAAGAAAAUGAUGUAUCAUUCACUCACUUAAUAUAUUUUAUAUCCACCAUUCUCAAUAUAUUUGUAAAUAUGUGUUUAUAUUGCGUCCUCGGUGAGAUUCUGAUGACCCAGUGCAAUAAAAUAUAUUUUGCGGCAUAUAACAACAAAUGGUACAUCCUAAAUUCGAAAAUUGUAGAAAAUUUGUUUUUUUUAAUGACAAGAGGUUCUAAUCCAAUCUAUCUCACUGUGGGAAAAGUGUCUCCUGUUACAAUGGUCACGUUUUGCAACUUAGUAAAAACAUCUGUUGGUUAUAUAUCCGUUUUGCACACAACGAAGAGUUGAUAGAAGAAAUGAGAUGUUCUUUUUUCAUC